GUCCGUGCCAAUAACGUGAUAACAAUGAAUUUUUAAUUUUUUUUUCGUCAUCGUUGGCGCACCUGAAGUCCACCAUCUUAUCGUGCACUUCUUAUCAAACAAACGUUUCCGUAAAAUAAUAACAACAUAACAAUCGUGUCGUUGUAAAUAUCGUAAAUUCUAAUAUCGCGCCAGUCCGUACUCAGAUUGUAAUCAAAUUCGCAAUAUACCCGGGAUCCCGUGUGCGCCGAGUAGGUACGCGGAAACUUGCGCUUGCAGCCGAUUUCGCUUUCGUUGGUCGCUGUUACAGGUAAUAAUUAUCAUUAUUCGAUUGUUAUAUAUAUAUAUAAACUACGACAAUCAGUAUCUAUCGACCGGAACCAUGAGCGGCGAGUCGCACACCAACGGCGAACCGGACGCGUCCGCGAGAUUCUCACAACAUUUGUCGCCGACCAAGAACAGCAUGCUCGCGCCCAGUCCGAUAGUGACAAGACGAACGAGAACUGAUUCCACGUAAGUAUAUUAUCAAGAGUGCGAAUCGCUGAUUUUCCAUCGUACAAACCAGAUUCCAGGUUAUCUUGAUUUUUCCCAACGGUUACUAAUAUUUCGUGCAAAAUUACCAAAGAGUUCCGUCAUUACCGAACAUUUGAACACCGUUUCGCGAUUCUGUUCGUACUCUGUGCAUUGUUCACGUCCAUUGUUAUUGUCUAAUCGACAACCCGUAAAGAAAAACCGGGGUUGAUGAUAACAAAUCGAACGUCCGCAGUUAUUUAUAUUUAGUAUUUGAACAAAAUUUAUAUUUAAAUUAUAAAUUUAACGCAUUUCACGUGUAUAUUGUGGACUUCGAACAAAGGGAUAAAUGGACCCAUUGGAUUUACAACUAUAUAUUUUGUUGUUUUUUUUUUAUUUUUUCUCUGUAGACAUUUUUUUUUUUUUUUUAAACUAUUCGAUUUCGUUUAGUAUGAUAACCAUGGAUUACAAAUUAUUGGACACAGUAGAGUGCUAAUUUUGAUAUUCGGUAAAAAUUGCACGUUUCUACAAUUAUUUUACACUGAAUUAUGACAAAAUCGAAAUGAACUGUUAUUGCGGAAAUAUUCCCAUUUUUACCCCACUGUGGGCCCACUGUUCUUGGAAAAUAACAUUUACUUCCUCAAUGCUCCAACUAAAUACCAUUUGUUAUCAGACACCACCUUUUAAUUUGAUUAGAUUAAGACUUUCGGUCGUUAAAAUGUUUACAGACAGGAAAAAAACACUAUAUUUAGAUUAAAAGGUGCUCUUGUUUUGUUUUAAAUCAAAAAAAAGUAUAGAAAUAUUAUUAUUCAUUAAUUAGUCUGUAAUCAUGACAAUUGAUAGGUUUAAUAUGUAAUUAUAAAUUGAACUAAAAACGUAGGUAUAGCAAAAAUUGCUGCAUUCUUACAAACCUAAUUAGUUUUAUUAACUUUCGGUUAUUAUUGUUAUUAAAAAAAUUAAUUUUGUAGUGAUCAGUUACCUAUUAUAUUAUGUAUAACUAAUACCCAAUACCAAUAACCAAAAGUGUAAUGAUUUAAUAACGUCAAUUAUAAUUGUAUGAGUAGUUUGAAAAUGUUUUCUUUGAUAUGAAAAAAUUAAAUGUUCAAUCAUUUAAAACUGUGAAAUAUAAAAUAGUUGCAUGUUUUUUUUUUUUUUUUUUUAACGGUCCUACCAUAAUAUAUUUCUAUUCGGUAUUAAUAUUCAAUUCAGUCGUUUAUUAUAUUUAUUUAUACAUUGUUUUUAUGAAUGUUUUUUUUAUCUUCAGAUCAGCUCUGGCUCUCAAGAAUCCGCAAACAACAGGAAAAGUAAAAUACUUUUGCAAAUCCAAGGGCCAUGGUUUCAUCACUCCAGACAACGGUGAUCCAGACACGUUUGUGCACAUUUCAGAGUGAGUAAUUAAUUAUUAUUUUGUAAUGUUUUUUUUUUUAAUUGUCUAAUUGAUGCUCUGUUACUUUAUAGUAUCGAAGGAGAAUUUGUUCCGCUACCAGGCGAUCAAGUGCGCUAUCGUCUAUGCCCUAUUCCACCAAAACUAGAAAAGUUUCAAGCUGUACAUGUUGAAAUCGUAAAUCUAACACCUCAAGUGCACCUAAGAUGGGAUUCUCCAGAAAUCAACUGAAUAAUAGUAUUAUAUUCAGUUGAUUGAUAAAUUUCAAAAGCAUGUCCAUUUUAAUUAUUUUCUAGUUAACUAAACUUUUAUUCAAACCGGUACAUUCCAAUUUUCUGUGCUGUAUGAUGUUAUUACCAAGGGACUUUUCAGGUGCCCUGAUUUUUUUUUAUUCCAGUAAAGUGCCAAAAUAAAUAUUAAUCCAUCUAAAUAAUGCACUAUCAUAUUAAUUAUUGUUGUACAAUUUUUCCCUUCCAUAAUAUUAUACCAAAUGAAAUUAUUUACCACUUUAAGUGCAUUGUUGUCAAAUUUUUAAAUGGAAGAUAUUUAAUUCCUUGAGAUAAUUUAACUGAAAUUUUAACAAUGAAGAUUUUUUACAUCAUUUAUUUUUACAUACAUUAUAUUUAUUGGUACUAUAUUUAUAUUUUAAAUUCAUUACCAUUUAUUACAAUUAAUAAUAUGUUUGUAAAUCUCAAAUACUAUAAACAGUAUAAAAUAUCAAAAAGACUCUGCGAUAAAUUAAAUUUUGCUCCAAGGGUGUAGUAUUUUGUCCUAAUUUUAACAAGCUAGUCAUGUAUUAUAUUACCUAUAUGUCUGAAUCAAAUAUGAAAUCAUCAUAUGAUAAUAAAUAAUUUGAUAAGUAGUUAUUUUGCUCUUAUUCAAUCAAAUUUUUAAUGCAUAAAUUUGCUUAGUAUGUAGGUAGCAGUUAUUUCAAAAAAAACAUUAAAAUUAUUUCUCUACAUUAUCUAAAAUAAAAACCAAUAUAAAAAAAAAAAAUAAAAAUAUAUGAAGGCAUAUGUUAUAAAAACAUUAAUUCAUCAAAUAUUCUGAAUAUAAACGUAAUCAUAUUUUGAAUAGUGUAUUAUUUGGAUGUUUUUCUAAUUCACAAGUAAAUUAAUGUGAGUGCAUUAUAUUUUGUUUGGUUAAAUUUUUCUCCAAUGAAUAAACAAAAUUUGACUGUUGCAUUUUUGAUGACUUUAGCUUUUAAAACGUGUGGUUGUUAAACAUUUUAUGUAAAUUUGCUUAUAAAAAUAAUUGUAGUUUUAGUUUACUGAUAAUAAUUAAUAUCACAUCGAACAAAAGUUAUUUGUGUUACUCUGAUGAUUAUUGUAUUGUUUUUGUGAUUUAUAUAAUAUUGUAUUUCAAAAUAAAAAUUCUGAAUUGUAUACGAAAAAGGUGAUUUAUUUAUUUAUUAUAACAAGCUAUUUUUUAAAUGAUCAAAUAAACAUUUUUACAGAUAAUUAGGGUACAAGUGUGAAAUUCAAUGUAUUCAUGGCAUGUAAAGUUUAAAUUGAAUUUUAUCAACUUUUCUAUAAGUAAUAAUAUUAUGUAUUGGUAUUUAUUAAAUUUACAUGUUAUACUUUUUUAAUAAUUCAAUAGCUUAUAAUGGUUUUAAAUUUGUUCAGGUCCAUUUGUGAGUUUGGAACGUAUAUUUAUAUUUAGCUUUAGUUUGUUUUUUAAAAAAAUUAAAACUAUUGUUAUUUAUUUAUUUUUACAUUACUGAACCAAUAUUGGUUAUAUAUUUUGGUGACUCAUUAAUUUACUAUAUGCAUAUAUUUAUAUUUUUUAAAUUGUUAUAUUAUUAUUAUUUUUUUUUUUUUUGUAUUUGUUAUUUUAAAUCGCAUUGACUUUAACAUAAUAUUAUAUAGGUAAUUAACACCAAUAUGUCGAUUACUCAAGUGUUAUCUAUAAUUAAUUGAGUAAUUUUAACAAUUGUACUACUUUAUACAAUUUAAAUGUUAAAACUUGAAUUUUAUAAAUAUUAGUUGAUUGUAUAUUGUAAUAUAUAUUAUUACGAUGUGUUGUGUUGUAGAAUUUAGC